CGAGUCGUCUCCCGUGGACUCCAAAGCCGAAUUGCAGAGCCUUACUCGCUCCGAAGGUCCUUGUGUCGCUGAUAUCGGCCUGCAGGGUUUAAUGGGCUGGCACCCGUGCUGGCGGAGUCGCAGAUAUAUCUGACGUUUGAAUGUGAACUGGGCGUCUGGCGUCGACAUGCCACAAGGUGAGAAAGACACACGCGAGACACAAAGUGACUUGUCAUGUUGACUGUGUCACUUUACCUUGCAUCCUCUGCCGCUGCAAUCGUCAUCGAUGCCGGACAACACAAUGGGUAUGUAUUUGCCGUAACUUACAUAUUGCUGUCAAUAUUGCUGACCAACACACAAGUCAUGCACAUCAAGUUUCUUAUUCUGAAUCUCGCGGGACCAUUAUUUUACCUCAAAGUUUGGUGCGGUGUCAUGUGCAGCAUCAUGCAUCCUAUCAUAGUGAGCGCUAUCUAUAUAAACCCUUUAUCAUCCCAACCUCGUGCUUGCCAAAGACGGAGCUGUUGGUGGAUCGAAUUUAGCAACAAACUGCUCAUCGAGUCAUGUUCAGUACUCGAGAUAGUACGUACCCGUGACAUCCUUUAGUUAUAAAUAGUGGGCGGCCUUGGUAAGUCAGGGAGUCCCUUUAUCAUUCCGACCUGAAGGCCUC